AUGAAAAAGAAGAUUGAAAUACUAUGGGCUAGAGCUGGAAAGAUUAACGUUACAGAUGUAGGUAAUGGAUUCUAUGUGGUGCAAUUUAGCAACAAAGAUGAUCUUCUUUUUGCUCUAAAUGGUGGUCCUUGGAUUAUUUUAGGCCAUUAUUUAUCACUCCGACGUUGGGAGCCAGCUUUUAGACCAAAUGCUGCAAGUGUGAUGAAGAUUGCAGCUUGGGUGCGAUUACCGGGUAUCCCACUGGAGUAUUAUGAUGAAGCCUUUUUCCGCCGUAUUGGUAACUGGCUAGGUAAAAUGUUGAAGAUCGAUAAGACAACUAAUGAGCAUGUAAGAGGACAGUUUGCUCGAAUUUGCGUGGAACUGGAUCUUGCUCAGCCUCUGAAGGGUGAAUAUGUGUUGGACGGAGCAACUAAACAGAUAGAAUAUGAAGGCUUAGGCCUUAUUUGUUUCCGUUGUAGGCGCUAUGGACAUAGUAAAGAUUGUUGUCCUGAGAUACCAGUUGAAGGAAAGGAUAAUCAGCAAAAUCAAGACGGGAAAAAAGAUGAGGCUGAGUUUCAGAAAAAUGGAUUAGGUCCUUGA